AGGGAUAGAGAGACCGAACCUCAUCUCAUCUUCACUCUCCUCCGUUAUCCUCUUCUUCUCUAAAGCUUCCUCCAGCGACAAUGGCGUUGUCGGUUUCAAACCUCGCCUCUUCACUCUCCUCUCUCUCUUUCUCUUCCCAGGUCUCUCAGGGACCAACCACCCUCUCCUUCCCCAGGACGAACUCGGUGUUCUCACUGCCGGCGAAAUCAGCUCGUCGCGCCUCUCUCUCAAUCACCGCCACGGUGGAAGAUCCCGCGGAGGUAGCGGAGGAUACGAUGGAGCUGAAGAAGUACGUGAAAUCGAGGCUUCCGGGAGGCUUCGCAGCUCAGAAAAUCAUAGGCACGGGUCGGCGUAAGUGCGCCAUAGCUCGUGUCGUUCUCCAAGAAGGCACCGGCAAAGUUAUUAUUAACUAUCGCGAUGCCAAGGAGUACCUACAGGGCAACCCACUGUGGCUUCAGUACGUUAAAGUGCCAUUAGUGACACUGGGUUACGAGAACAGCUACGACGUGUUUGUGAAAGCCCAUGGUGGCGGUCUCUCUGGUCAAGCUCAAGCCAUUACUCUCGGAGUUGCUCGUGCCCUCUUGAAGGUGAGUGCGGACCAUAGAUCGCCGUUGAAGAAGGAAGGUUUACUCACCAGAGACGCGAGAGUCGUUGAGAGAAAGAAGGUUGGGCUCAAGAAGGCCCGUAAAGCACCACAGUUCUCCAAGCGUUAACGAGCCUUCUUUUGUUUUAUUGUUAUUGUUGUUGGAUAUCAACUCUUCUAAGUACACUUCUUUGCCUCCAAUUCUGUUUCUAAGUUGAUGUGUGUAGAUGAUGAACCAAUCUCUGUGUUGUUGAUUGAAUAGAAUGCAGAAGUUGUUAUGAUU